AUGUCCAAACGAAAUCGCCAGCAAAAACGCAACAUCAGUGAUGAAGAAAGCGAUGAAGAUUACUCCCCUCAAGAGUCUUCCGAAGGCGAAGACAACAACAACAAAAAGCAAAAAUCAUCAACACAUGCAAUAGAUCCAUCAUCUUAUUACGUACGGGAAGAAGACUUGGAUGAUGAAUAUGAUUCAGAUUACUACAAAGAUGAAGAAGAUAGAGCCUAUCUUGACUCACUCUCUGAAUUACAACGUGAAAAGAUCCUAUCCGAACGUUACGAAGAGCGUAACGAGAAGAGAAAACGAAAAGAGAUUUUGAGAAAACAAGGUCGAUUGAUAGAACGCGGAAAGAAGAUGCCAACAACAGUCCCAACAUCUGCGAGUGGUAGUGUUACAUCAUCAACAACAACAACAACAACAACCAACAAGUCAUCGUCUGUGAGCAAUAGUAGUAACUCCUCCUCACGUAAAAAGUCCUAUCAUGAUCCUGAAUUAGAUUUAGAAUUAGACGAAGAAGAAGAUGAGCCUAAUAAGAGUACCAAAUCCAAACGUUCCACUUCUACAGCAAAACGGGUGCGAAAGAGAUCAUCGAAACAAGCCUCUACAUCCGAUGAUGAUAAUUAUUCGGACAAUGAAAUGUCAAGACAAUCAUCACGAAAACAACGAGAUGAAGCAGAUCGUUCUGAUGAUGAUGAAGGUGAUACUCGUAUGAGAGAAUCCUAUGAUGAAGAAGAAAAUGAAGAAGAAGAAGAGGAAGAUAUUUAUGAAUCCACUCUUUGUAAAAUCACCAAAGAAGACUUGGAAAAGAUUCUCAUCCGAAGAUCUGCUCUUGAAAAAGAAUUUAAAGAGCCUUACUUUGCAGAAAGUGUUGAAAAGGCAUUCGUUAGGGUUCUUGUUGGAUUUAAUGAACGUGCAAAGAAAAAGACUUAUCGUCUCUGUCAAAUUGUUCAAGUACAAGACAUGAGCAAAGAUUAUCCAUUUGGAGUGAAUAAUGCAGACAAGACCAAAAAAGGGUUGUUAUUACAAUUCGGUGUACAAAAAAGAACAUGGCAAAUGAGCGCAAUUAGUGAUAGUAAGGAAAUUGAAGAAAAUGAAUAUCGAGCAUGGAAGAGUGAAAUGGAAAAGGUUGGAGAGAAAUUCCCAACUCUAAAAUUUAUUGAACACAAAAUUCAACAAUGGAAGAAUUUGAAAGAAUACAAAUACACGGAUAAGGAAAUUGAAACCAUGUUGAAAGAAAAGAAAAUAUUGAAAGGAGGAUUAAUUGUAAAGAACAAACAAUCGAUUACUAGAGAAAUUAGUCAUGUAAAAACUAAGAUUAAGGAAAUUAUGGAUGAAUUGUAUUUGAGAAGUUUAGGAAAAUCAAAGCAACAUUCAUCCAUGACGAGUGAUGAAGAGAAUGAAGAAAAUGAAGAGGAUGGUCGUUCAGAGAGACAAUCCGAUGAAUCUCUUAUCAAUGAAAAGGCUAAAUAUGAAGAAGAGUUGAAAAAGUUAGAGGCUGAAUAUUCGAAAAUUGAUUUUCUUUCUCCAACUGCUCAGAAAUUGGGUAAAAUUAAUGUCAAGAAUCGAGCAAUGGAUCAAGCAGCACAUGAACACCGAAAAAAGAAUCAAACAUUGGGUUCGAAUGCUGCAUCGAGUAAUCAGGGAGCAGGUCAAUUAGAUCCCUUCUCUCGUAGAAAAACAAAUUCAUCCUUCUUUGUGUUGGCUAGUGAAAGUCCAAAAGAAGAGCAACAGAAAAAGGAACACAAACAGCAAAGAAAGAAAAUGAAUCCACAAAGAGCUCGAAUGUGA